AUUUACAGGUAUUGUUAAAUUGGCUGGUGGGCCUAACCGCUGUGUUGGAAGAGUGGAGCUCUAUGACAAAGGCCAGUGGGGGGCAGUGUGUGAUGACUCCUGGGACAUGUUUGAUGCAGCAGUGGUGUGUCGACAGCUGAACUGUGGGAUGGCUCACAAAAUCACCACCACGCCCAAAUAUGGUCAUGGCACAGGACCGGUCUGGACUGAUCAGAUUGACUGCCGUGGACAGGAGUCCAUACUGUCUGUUUGCCCACGAAGUUCAUUUAGCAACAACACUUGCAACAUCAACUCAGUUGCUGGUGUCACCUGUACAGAGGGUUUGACAGUCCGAUUAGUCAAUGGUAACAAUCGCUGCUCUGGCAGAGUAGAGGUUUUCAGUGGUGGAGUGUGGGGAACAGUAUGUGACACAGAUUGGACCAGGACUAAAGCGAAGGUGGUGUGUGAGCUGUUGGAGUGUGGAAGGUCUGCGAAGGUUCCUGAGGGUGCUGAGUUUCUUCAAGGCACUGGACCAGUGAUGGAAGCAACUGAUUCAUGUUUUACCAAUGUGACAUCUCUUGAACAAUGUUCAGUCAGAGGUUUCAGAAAUUCAACAUGUGGACAUGAAAAGGACGCUGGUGUUAUUUGUGCAGGUGAUCCAACCUUACGACUGGUCAAUGGUACUGACCGAUGUUCAGGCAGAGUGGAGGUUCUGUAUAAUGGUCUGUGGGGAACCGUGUGUGAUGAUGGCUGGGACAUCAAAGAUGUGGAUGUGGUCUGCAGAGCCAAGAACUGUGGAACUGCCCUGAAAGCCAAGUCCAGUGCCUUCUUCGGUGAAGGUCAGGGACCCAUUUGGCUGAGUGAUGUCAACUGUUUUGGUAAUGAGUCCUCCCUUUCAGACUGUGGACGCAUCUUGUUUGGACGAAGUAGCUGUGACCAUAGUGAGGAUGCUGGUGUGGUGUGUUCAGCUUCCAUCAGACUGGUCAAUGGGACAGACCGGUGUUCAGGCAGGGUGGAGGUCUACCAUGAUGACCAGUGGUUACCAGCCCUUAACUUUAACUGGGGAAUGAAUGAAGCUACAGUGGUUUGCAGAGAGAUGAAUUGUGGAGAUGCUGCACAGUUUUCAGGAUCAUCUUCUCAGGUUGAAGAACUGAGAGGAUAUAAAGUCAGUUGCACCAGUACAGAGAGCUCCCUGACACAGUGCACACUGACAGAAUAUGUCAGAACCAGCAGUGAUCAUAUGAACGAUGCAUCUGUUGUUUGUUCAGGUAUUGUUAAAUUGGCUGGUGGGCCAAACCGCUGUGUUGGAAGAGUGGAGCUCUAUGACAAAGGCCAGUGGGGGGCAGUGUGUGGUGACUCCUGGGACAUGUUUGAUGCAGCAGUGGUGUGUCGAGAGCUGAACUGUGGGAUGGCUCACAAAAUCACCACCACGCCCAAAUAUGGUCAUGGCACAGGACCGGUCUGGACUGAUCAGAUUGACUGCCGUGGACAGGAGUCCAUACUGUCUGUUUGCCCACGAAGUUCAUUUAGCAACAACACUUGCAACAUCAACUCAGUUGCUGGUGUCACCUGUACAGAGGGUUUGACAGUCCGAUUAGUCAAUGGUAACAAUCGCUGCUCUGGCAGAGUAGAGGUUUUCAGUGGUGGAGUGUGGGGAACAAUAUGUGACACAGAUUGGACCAGGACUAAAGCGAAGGUGGUGUGUGAGCUGUUGGAGUGUGGAAGGUCUGCGAAGGUUCCUGAGGGUGCUGAGUUUCUUCAAGGCACUGGACCAGUGAUGGAAGCAACUGAUUCAUGUUUUACCAAUGUGACAUCUCUUGAACAAUGUUCAGUCAGAGGUUUCAGAAAUUCCACAUGUGGACAUGAAAAGGACGCUGGUGUUGUUUGUGCAGGUGAUCCAACCUUACGACUGGUCAAUGGUACUGACCGAUGUUCAGGCAGAGUGGAGGUUCUGUAUAAUGGUCUGUGGGGAACAGUGUGUGAUGAUGGCUGGGACAUCAAAGAUGUGGAUGUGGUCUGCAGAGCCAAGAACUGUGGAACUGCCCUGAAAGCCAAGUCCAGUGCCUUCUUCGGUGAAGGUCAGGGACCCAUUUGGCUGGAUGAUGUCGAAUGUUUUGGUAAUGAGUCCUCCCUUUCACACUGUGGACGCAUCUUUUUUGAACGAACUGGCUGUGACCAUAAUGAGGAUGCUGCUGUGGUGUGUUCAGCUUCCAUCAGACUGGUCAAUGGGACAGACCGGUGUUCAGGCAGGGUGGAGGUCUACCAUGAUGACCAAUGGUUACCAGCCCUUAACUUUAACUGGGGAAUAAAUCAAACUACAGUGGUUUGCAAAGAGAUCAACUGUGGAGAUCCUGUACAGUUUUCAGGAUCAUUAUCUCAGGUUGGAGACCUGAGAGGAUAUAAAGUCAGUUGCACCGGUACAGAGAGCUCUCUGACACAGUGCACACUGACAGAAUAUGUCAGGACCAGCAGUGAUCGUAUGAACGAUGCGUCUGUGGUUUGUUCAGGUAUUGUUAAAUUGGCUGGUGGGCCUAACCGCUGUGUUGGAAGAGUGGAGCUCUAUGACAAAGGCCAGUGGGGGGCAGUGUGUGGUGACUCCUGGGACAUGUUUGAUGCAGCAGUGGUGUGUCGACAGCUGAACUGUGGGAUAGCUCACAAAAUCACCACCACGCCCAAAUAUGGUCAUGGCACAGGACCGGUCUGGACUGAUCAGAUUGACUGCCGUGGACAGGAGUCCAUACUGUCUGUUUGCCCACGAAGUUCAUUUAGCAACAACACUUGCAACAUCAACUCAGUUGCUGGAAUCACCUGUACAGAGGGUUUGACAGUCCGAUUAGUCAAUGGUAACAAUCGCUGCUCUGGCAGAGUAGAGGUUUUCAGUGGUGGAGUGUGGGGAACAGUAUGUGACACAGAUUGGACCAGGACUAAAGCGAAGGUGGUGUGUGAGCUGUUGGAGUGUGGAAGGUCUGCGAAGUUUCCUGAGGGUGCUGAGUUUCUUCAAGGCACUGGACCAGUGAUGGAAGCAACUGAUUCAUGUUUUACCAAUGUGGCAUCUCUUGAACAAUGUUCAGUCAGAGGUUUCAGAAAUUCAACAUGUGGACAUGAAAAGGACGCUGGUGUUAUUUGUGCAGGUGAUCCAACCUUACGACUGGUCAAUGGUACUGACCGAUGUUCAGGCAGAGUGGAGGUUCUGUAUAAUGGUCUGUGGGGAACCGUGUGUGAUGAUGGCUGGGACAUCAAAGAUGUGGAUGUGGUCUGCAGAGCCAAGAACUGUGGAACUGCCCUGAAAGCCAAGUCCAGUGCCUUCUUCGGUGAAGGUCAGGGACCCAUUUGGCUGGAUGAUGUCGAAUGUUUUGGUAAUGAGUCCUCCCUUUCACACUGUGGACGCAUCUUGUUUGGACGAAGUGACUGUGGCCAUAGUGAGGAUGCUGGUGUGGUGUGUUCAGCUUCCAUCAGACUAGUCAAUGGGACAGACCGGUGUUCAGGGAGGGUGGAGGUCUACCAUGAUGACCAGUGGUUAUCAGCCCUUAACUUUAACUGGGGAAUGAAUGAAGCAACAGUGGUUUGCAAAGAGAUGAACUGUGGUGAGGCUGUACAGUUUUCAGGAUCAUCUUCUCAGGUUGGAGACCUGAGAGGAUAUAAAGUCAGUUGCACCGGUACAGAGAGCUCUCUGACACAGUGCACACUGACAGAAUAUGUCAGAACCAGCAGUGAUCAUAUGAACGAUGCAUCUGUUGUUUGUUCAGGUAUUGUUAAAUUGGCUGGUGGGCCUAACCGCUGUGUUGGAAGAGUGGCGCUCUAUGACAAAGGCCAGUGGGGGGCAGUGUGUGGUGACUCCUGGGACAUGUUUGAUGCAGCAGUGGUGUGUCGACAGCUGAACUGUGGGAUAGCUCACAAAAUCACCACCACGCCCAAAUAUGGUCAUGGCACAGGACCGGUCUGGACUGAUCAGAUUGACUGCCGUGGACAGGAGUCCAUACUGUCUGUUUGCCCACGAAGUUCAUUUAGCAACAACACUUGCAACAUCAACUCAGUUGCUGGUGUCACCUGUACAGAGGGUUUGCCAGUUCGAUUAGUCAGUGGUAACAAUCGCUGCUCUGGCAGAGUAGAGGUUUUCAGUGGUGGAGUGUGGGGAACAGUAUGUGACACAGAUUGGACCAGGACUAAAGCGAAGGUGGUGUGUGAGCUGUUGGAGUGUGGAAGGUCUGCGAAGGUUCCUGAGGGUGCUGAGUUUCUUCAAGGCACUGGACCAGUGAUGGAAGCAACUGAUUCAUGUUUUACCAAUGUGACAUCUCUUGAACAAUGCUCAGUCAGAGGUUUCAGAAAUUCAACAUGUGGACAUGAAAAGGACGCUGGUGUUGUUUGUGCAGGUGAUCCAACCUUACGACUGGUCAAUGGUACUGACCGAUGUUCAGGCAGAGUGGAGGUUCUGUAUAAUGGUCUGUGGGGAACAGUGUGUGAUGAUGGCUGGGACAUCAAAGAUGUGGAUGUGGUCUGCAGAGCCAAGAACUGUGGAACUGCCCUGAAAGCCAAGUCCAGUGCCUUCUUCGGUGAAGGUCAGGGACCCAUUUGGCUGGAUGAUGUCAACUGUUUUGGUAAUGAGUCCUCCCUUUCACACUGUGGACGCAUCUUUUUUGAACGAACUGGCUGUGACCAUAGAGAGGAUGCUGGUGUGGUGUGUUCAGCUUCCAUCAGACUGGUCAAUGGGACAGACCGGUGUUCAGGCAGGGUGGAGGUCUACCAUGAUGACCAGUGGUUACCAGCCCUUAACUUUAACUGGGGAAUGAAUGAAGCAACAGUGGUUUGCAGAGAGAUGAAUUGUGGAGAUGCAGCACAGUUUUCAGGAUCAUCUUCUCAGGUUGAAGAACUGAGAGGAUAUAAAGUCAGUUGCACCGGUACAGAGAGCUCCCUGACACAGUGCACACUGACAGAAUAUGUCAGAACCAGCAGUGAUCAUAUGAACGAUGCGUCUGUGGUUUGUUCAGGUAAGAUUUCAGACAUUUUAGAUAGAUAG